CUGAGGAAAACUGGAACGAGAGACAGAGACAGGCAGACAGAAUGGGCGAAACAUCUUUUCAGUUUCUUUUUGAAACUCAGUGCCCAGCACUGCUGGCAUGAACUAGUCAGCUUGAGUUUGAAGGAUCAGCCGAUUACCAUAUCUGUUUCUGUCUCUCAGUAUUUGCUCUUCCUGCAGAUCCCAGGCAGACACACCCCUUGCCACUGAGCCGAAUUCAACGGACACGUCCGUGUCUCGUAACCUGGUUGUCUCUGUUGUUGGGUUCCUUCGUUCUCCCACUGCCUCCGAGAACAAAAUGCACAAGCAGUCUUUGGUUAGUCAUGUUAGGCGAGCUGUGCCCAAAAUAGCACCUUCCAUUUUGGUAGCUUCAACUUUGCAGCUGCCGUGUCUCUUGGUCGUCUGGGAAGAAAACUUUCACAUUAAGAGUUGCUGAUGUGGAAUUUCUUUCUCUCCCCGUUCGCCUUGAUGAGCGUUUGGCUCCUGACACAAGCGACUUGGCUCUCAGCUCCACAGUUCGGAACAAGUUGGGUCUAUAGAUUUUUUUUUCCCUCCUCUCCUCUCUCUCCGUUGAUGUGUUGAUCGGCGGAGGGAACCGUUCCUUCACUGAAAGCAUGUUGGCGUCUCAAGGAGUUCUCGUGCAUCCCUAUGGCGUGCCCAUGAUUCUGCCAGCAGCCCCCUACUUUCCCGGACUGAUUCAGGGUAACCAGGAAGCAGCAGCUGCCCCUGACACAAUGGCUCAGCCUUACGCGUCGGCCCAGUUCGCUCCCCCUCAGAACGGCAUCCCCGCGGAAUACACGGCCCCGCACCCGCACCCCGCGCCUGAGUACACCGGCCAGACCACCGUCCCCGAGCACACGUUAAACCUGUACCCUCCCGCCCAGACGCACUCGGAGCAGAGCGCCACGGACACCAGCGCGCAGACCGUCUCCGGCACCGCCACACAGACAGAUGAGGCAGCACCCACGGAUGGCCAGCCCCAGCCCCAGCCUUCAGAAAACACGGAGAACAAGUCCCAGCCCAAGCGGCUGCAUGUCUCGAACAUCCCCUUCCGGUUCCGGGAUCCAGACCUCCGACAAAUGUUUGGUCAAUUUGGUAAAAUCUUAGAUGUUGAAAUUAUUUUUAAUGAGCGAGGCUCAAAGGGAUUUGGUUUCGUAACUUUCGAAAAUAGUGCCGAUGCGGACAGGGCGAGGGAGAAAUUACACGGCACCGUGGUAGAGGGCCGUAAAAUCGAGGUCAAUAAUGCCACAGCACGUGUAAUGACAAAUAAGAAGACCGUCAACCCUUACACAAAUGGCUGGAAAUUGAAUCCAGUUGUGGGUGCAGUCUACAGUCCCGAGUUCUAUGCAGGCACCGUGCUGUUGUGCCAGGCAAACCAGGAGGGAUCCUCCAUGUACAGUGCCCCCAGUUCACUUGUAUAUACUUCUGCAAUGCCCGGCUUCCCAUAUCCAGCCGCCACUGCCGCGGCCGCCUACCGAGGGGCGCAUCUACGAGGCCGUGGGCGCACCGUGUACAACACCUUCAGGGCCGCAGCACCUCCGCCUCCGAUCCCGGCCUACGGCGGAGUAGUGUAUCAAGAGCCUGUGUAUGGCAAUAAAUUGCUGCAGGGUGGUUACGCCGCGUACCGCUACGCCCAGCCUACCCCAGCCACUGCCGCUGCCUACAGUGACAGAAAUCAGUUCGUCUUCGUUGCAGCAGAUGAAAUUUCUUGUAACACCUCUGCAGUUACGGACGAGUUUAUGCUGCCGACCCCUACCACCACACACUUGCUCCAGCCCCCACCUACGGCGUUGGUGCCAUGAAUGCUUUUGCACCCUUGACUGAUGCCAAGACUAGGAGCCAUGCUGAUGAUGUGGGUCUCGUUCUUUCUUCAUUGCAGGCUAGUAUAUACCGAGGGGGAUACAACCGUUUUGCUCCAUACUAAAUGACAAAACCAUAAAAUCCUUCCAAUGUUGGGAGAAAGGAAGCUUUCCGAGGCCUGAGUAUUGCAAUACAUGCAGUAGUGCAUCAUUUUAGCAACUCUAAAAAUAAUAAAGAUAAAAAGAGGAAAAAAUUACAUUUUUUAUCUUAUACCUCAGAUAUUUUGUUCUGUGUAUUUUAAUAUUGUGGGUCUUUCAUUUCUGAAGGUUCCGUAGUUUGGUCGCUGGCUGUAGGAGUUUCUGUGGUUGCACUAGAAAGAUGAUAGACAUGAAUAGAAACCAGUUAAUGGCCAUAUCCAGAGUGCUGUGUGAUGUAAGUGAAUUCUGUAUGCCGAGAAGGAAGCUGCCGGGGUUAUCAGCUGCUGGGAAGAGUGUGACACUGGUCGUCGUUUCCUUUUUUCCCUGCAUCUGCUUGAUUUUAUUUUGAGAAAGGGGAGACUGGGAGGGGCUUAGGGGACUGGGGUUUGACUAAAAGAAAAAAAAUAUAUCUAUAUAGUAACUGAUGAAUCUAAACGACCCACUGCACCCACAAUCAUAUCAAUGGUUCUAAGUUACUCAUUGCCAGUUCAAGCCAAAGGUUAUGUUGUUCAGGGGUGCUCCUGGUACCACCUGUGUGUCAGAGCUGAAUGAAGCUGUACAAAGCCACCCUUUAAACCAUUCCACCCCGCACUAUUCAGCUUCUUAACCAGCCGCUAGUUAGUUAGGCAAUAACUACUAGUUAGGCCACCGACAAGCAUUCUUUUUAUAUUUCUUCCAGUAUAAGAAAUUAUUGAUAUCAUUGCUGACUUUUAUAUUAUGGGAGGGAAAAAUAACAUUAAUAAAAAGGUGAUAAAAAGCACUGUUUCUAUUUUUUUCUUUUUUUCCAAAAAAAGAAAGUAAAUAAAAACUUAAAUUCUUUGUACCAGUUAAAAAAAUGUAUAAAAUUUACAUCUGUGCAGUGGAGUUGUUAAGUUCUAGAACCAGGCUAUGGAGCUUUAGUUUUAGCCUAGUAGAACCGUUAGAGACAGACGUAUCAUUUUUAUGGAAUUACAUGAUAAUCAUAUUCGGAUUUAUAGAAGCAUUUUACAAGUAUUGCAGUCAUUGAGUAGAGAUAAUCACGGUAUUUUCGUCAGCUUGGUACUUUUUGAAACCUGACCACAUUGUGUGAGCAAUCUGCAAUUUUUCAGCCCAUGAAAGCCUGCCCUUCCACGUCUCUCCCCGGCCCCUCCAAAGGCCUCUUCUCCCUGCCGUCUCUUUAGUUCCAGCUCCACGGCCAGGACACUUGUCAGAAGAAAGCAAAGCCAAAACCACAAAAGUAGAUCCACCCUCUUGACUCCCAGAGAACCGGGUAUCCCCCCUACCUCCCUUCCCGGACGCGGGGCCAGAGCGACACAGCCGAAAAAUUGCAGUUUGUCUUCCCUCUUGUGUUUCAACUCUUCCCAUGUUGUCCUGUUUCCAAGUAAACCUAAGUUGGGGUAUCUGUCACGGGUCUUCCCGGUUUUUUUGUAUUUAAAUACAGUACAGCAGCAAGCUGUCCCCGAGUAGUCCUGCUGCCAUGGUGGCACCCUCCCGCGCUGGGCGGGCUCUAUGGCACGCACCUUAGUAAGUUACCCACACCGCUGUGGACCUGCCAAUCCGCUGUAACAACUCUGCUUUCAAACAAAACCAAACAAAACUCAAAAAAAAAAAAUAGUGUUUGUGAUCCAGCUUUCUCUUGUCAUCCUAUGUGCAUGCCGUAAGAUCAGUUGGAUAUUAAACCAUCAAUAAAGUUUCACAAGAUUUGAAAACAAAGUUUCUGUAGCUUCGAUGUCUAAGACAGAUUAUAGUUACCGUGCAAAGAAAGGGGCGGGGGAAGGGCUCAGAGCAGCCAAAAGCAUGUCUGUUGUUCCUGUGCACCAGACGGCCCUGGGGGGAGGGUCAGAGGCCAAGGGGUAUUCUCUUUCCCCUCCCUGGAAAAUAAUGUGAUGACCACGGGUGCCUGGUUGAUGUUGUUAAAGGAAACAAUUUCUUCAAAUGCUAAGGCAUCCUGCCCCACUGGGGAGGGAGUGCGUGGGACCUGGGGGCGGAGGAGCCUGGACUUCUCCUCUUGCCUCAGAUCUCCGAAAAGCAGACUUUGCAUUGUGUUUGGAAUCACAAACAUAGAAUCCUUACUGUGUUAGUUCCAGUACAACUCCUUUGCAGCUUUGAUUUUCAUCAAUGAACUGUAUUUUUCCCCAUGAUUGUACGUAGUUUUACUAAAAAAUCAUUUAGACAAGUGGGUGCCAACUGAUGUCACAGACUCUUUUUGUCUAGGCACUCUGUCAGGAUGCCAUAAGUCAUUUUAACAUGUAUGUCAGAUGUAAACAAACAUUUUGGAUUUUUUUAAACAAGUAUUUAUUUGGAAUGUUUUCAUUUAUCUGAAUAACUAUUGCUAUUACGAAUUAUGGAAAAAAGAUUACUAUCAUGUGUGCAUAUAGUGACUCCUUAACACACACCACGCGAUCUGCAAACCCAGAAAACGUGUAUAUCUGUCUUUAGAAAUUAGUGUUUAUAUCACUUACAGUGGUUUGUGAAUAAAGAAAAAAACUGGUUUGUAAUAUCAAAAAAAAAAAAAUAAAUAAAAGCUUAGUCUGAAAAGG